GCGCAACGGCAACGGUUCACUUUCGGUUUCACUGGAUCGCAGAUCGGCUGGCUUUAGCUACAAUCUAUAUAUCUCGGUCCUUCAGCUUAAUUCGCGCGAGUAGCUGGGUUGAAUGCAUCUCAAGAUGUUUGCUGAUCGCAGCUCCAAAUUGUUGCUGCUACUGCUGCAUAUGUUGGCAUUGUGCCACUGGAGCGACGCCAGGUUGCCUUCUAGCAUAAGACCCUGUGCUCGAGAUGAUCCUCAGCUGGAGCGCUGCAUCAUAAAUGCCGUCUAUAAUUUGCGGCCUCUUCUGGUGCAUGGCAAUCUGGGUGAUGGCUAUUACACACCUCCUUUGGAGCCGCUGCAGCUGGACAACAUUGAACUGGGACGUAGCAGCCAGUUUCAGGCCACGUUUACGGACCUUGAGGCCACAGGUGGUAGCAAUUUUAUCAUCGAUCGCAUUAUCGCCAAGCCCCAGGACAUCUUGUAUGAUCUGUGGAUAACGCUGCCACGCAUCGACUUUAAGGGCAAAUACUUUAUGCGCCUCAACCUGCUGCUGCUGGACAUUCAGGGCAAGGGCAAUAUGCGUGGCUACUGCGAUAAUGCCAAGGCGGCAGUAAAGAUGCGCGGCACGCGCUAUCUGAGAAACGGUCUCGAGUACGUCAAAUUCACAAAGAUGACGAUGAGAAUACAGUUCAAAGAUUUCAAGCUGCAGCUGGACAAUCUCUUUAAUGGGGAUCGCAUACUUGGCGAGGUGGGCAACACACUAAUCAAUGACAACCAGGAGCUGUAUCUGAACGAGAUUGUGCCGGGCCUGGAGCGUGGUCUGUCCAAGAAGUUUCUGGAUGUGGCGAAUGAGAUUUUGGCAACGGCGACUUUUGAUGAAAUGUUUCCGCCUGGACGCACCGUCAUCAAUCCCAUACAUUUUCCCAAUCCGGCCGGUAGUUCAGGCGCUGCGCCCGGUCCGUCCAUAUUCGAGACGUCUUUCUCCUCGCGUAAUCCGGCAGGCGGCAUUUUGGAUCAGCUGCCGCCUAGGAGCAAUAGUCGUAAUCCCUGGCCUAAACAGCCCACAAACAAUCCAGGGGGCGGCAUUUUUGGCGAACUUACGCCUGGUGGAGGCAUCAUUGAUCCCAGAUUGAAUCUCGGCAGUUAGGUUGAGUGUGUUGUUUGUUUUGGAAUUUAUUUCUAAGCAAAUAAAGUUAUUGUUAUUUUUAUUGAA